UGAGAACCAGACCGCCACGUUCUACUGCUCAGCCUACGGUAAUCCAAAACCAACAGUUACUUGGAGGAAAAUGGGUGGUGCAGGACAAGUCAAUAUGAACAGUCACGAUACUAAAUUGCAGAUUAAAAAUGCCAAGUAUAAUGAUUCAGGAAGCUACGUUUGCAUGGCCACAAGUGUCCUCGGAAAAGCUCAGAAAGCGGUGAAAUUUACUGUUGAAGUUCCCCCAAGGUUUAUCCAUACUCCCGACAGGCUGAUAAAAGUCCUAGCAAACUCAGCUGCAUCUGUUCCUUGCCGUGCUAUCGGUUUUCCACCACCAACUAUAGUUUGGUCGAGAGGAUUUGUCCCGUUACCGCAAGGUCGGACUACUAUUACUAAGAAUGGUACCCUUAAUAUCGCCAACUUUGGUCCACUGGACGGUGGUCCAUAUCAGUGUGAAGCACGAAACAAGCUUGGAUCUAUCAGUGUGCUAACAACCUUAGAUUAUGAUGAUCAAGGAAACAAAUCAAGUCAAGGUCAGGAAACAAAUUUUUAAUUCUAAAAUUUUUCAUUACUUCAGGGAGGGUUUAAAUCCAAAAGGAGGCCGAUGCGAUGCUUUGCUAAACAGUCAUUUGUUGUAACCGGCAUGAUUUGGGUGAGUGCCACCUUUAAGAAAAGCAUCACCUGGGUUUUUAUAUCCUUUCAGUGACGUAAAGAACAUUUCAAACUUGUAUUCCUCGCAGUAAAAAAUUUCAUACCUCUGUUACAAUUGAAAGGAUCUUAGUUGACCACGUCUCGCUUUUUGCUUCCAUUAUCGCCUUUGUGUUUCUUUACAUACAAAUACAAAGUCUGCAGCAAUCCACGACAUUGUCAUCUUAUUGUCGCGCCUGUGAUUGACUAAAGUCAAAAGGGGACAUCAAAGCACUUCAUGGAUUCGGCCUCACUGGCUAGUACCCUUCAAAAUUUUACUGAAGCGAAAUCUUGAGGCAGAACGUGAUCUAUUAGACGUUUAGUCUUUUUCCCUAUAGCUAAAAAAAUAUAUAAAAGCAUAAGGAUACUUAGAAAGAGAACUAACUUUUAGGGUAUCCACUUUCCUAAGUUGUUUUUACUGUUGCCAAAAAUGAUUGAAUUUUUAACGAUAACCCGUUUAGGAGUUUUCGUGAUAUAGAUCUUUAGCCAAAAUUAAAGUGGAAUGGUAGUCGCAUAAUGCUCCAUUCAGCUCUGCCAACA